CGUCACAGCGAAGAUGGCGGAGUCGCUGUGUGUCGGUGUUUCAGAUGAUAAAGAUCCAGAAAAUGAUGAUUACAGGACGGUAAAAUGCUCUCGGGUAGGUGCUUCCAGAUCAGAGAGGGCAAACAUCGUUCUCCCGGCGGUAAAAUUGACAGAAACUUUGGGAUUUUACGAGAAACCUGCAGUUAAAGACGACCAGCGCGAGCUCUCAGAUGCAGAGGAGCCUGAUGAGCCUUCUAUGUUGCGUUUCAUGUGUGCGGAGCUGACCAGAGGCUAUUUUCUGGAACACAAUGAGGCCAAGUACACCGAGCGAAGGGAACGAGUGUACACCUGUAUGAGGAUACCCAGAGAGCUAGAAAGGUUGAUGAUCUUUGGUAUCUUCCUUUGCCUGGAUGCAUUUCUGUAUGUGCUCACCCUGCUGCCCCUAAGAACUCUGCUGGCCGUCUUGAGGUUGUUGACCAUUCCCUGCUGUGGCCUCGGCCCUAAUGUUUGCCCCUAUUGCAGACGAAGCAGUGGCUCUCGGUUCCUGCAGCCUGCUCAGGUGUGUGACCUGCUGAAAGGUUUAAUCAUGAUGCUGUGUUACUUCAUGAUGCACUACGUCGAUUAUGCCAUGAUGUACCACCUGAUCCGGGGGCAGUCAGUCAUCAAACUCUAUAUCAUCUACAACAUGCUGGAGGUGGCAGAUCGUCUCUUCUCGUCCUUUGGACAGGACAUUCUGGACGCUCUGUACUGGACGGCCACCGAGCCAAAGUCACGGAAGAGAGCCCACAUUGGUGUCAUUCCCCAUUUCUUCAUGGCUGUCUUUUAUGUCUUUUUACAUGCUAUCCUCAUUAUGGUUCAAGCCUCUACCCUAAAUGUUGCUUUCAACUCUCAUAACAAAUCACUGCUCACCAUCAUGAUGUCCAACAACUUUGUGGAAAUAAAGGGAAGCGUGUUCAAGAAGUUUGAGAAGAACAACCUCUUCCAGAUGUCUAACAGCGAUAUCAAGGAACGAUUCACCAAUUAUGUUUUACUCCUUAUCGUUUGCCUGAGGAACAUGGAGCAGUUUUCCUGGAACUUGGAUCACCUCUGGGUGCUUCUCCCAGAUGUCUUCAUGGUGAUCGCUUCUGAGGUUGUUGUUGAUGUCGUCAAGCACGCCUUCAUCACAAAAUUCAAUGACAUCACAGCUGAUGUCUACAGUGAAUAUAAAGCCAGCCUGGCCUUUGAGCUCGUCAGCAGUCGUCAACAGAAUGCAUACACAGACUACAGUGAUUCAGUGGCCAGAAGGAUGGGCUUCAUUCCUCUACCUCUGGCUGUACUGCUGAUUCGAGUUGUGAUGAGCUCAAUGAAGAUCCAGGGUGCUCUUUCAUCUGUCUGUGUGGUUCUCUUUUAUCUUGGAUUAAUAACACUGAAAGUGUUGAACAGUAUAGUUCUGCUGGGAAAGUCCUGUCGCUAUGUCAAGGACGCCAACAUGGAAGGAAAGUUAUUUGAAAGGCCGACUACUCAAGCCGAAAAACAAAGUCCCAAGAAAGCCAGCAAGGCCAAAUCUCCUCCACCCUCAGGCGAACCUACAGUUCAGGAACCUUCCAUCACCAAGCAACCACCCCCACGGACAAGGCCUUUCCCCCCAGCUCCACCCCCUGUUGUCACCAUAGUGACCAAUGAUCCGCCCCCAACCCCUACCCCUGAAGAAGAGGGGAGCACCAACCAGGAACCAGAAUCCACUGAACUUAAACACAGAACUUCAAAUAAAGACCUGCUGGAGAUAGACCGCUUCACAAUAUGCGGCAACCGAAUCGGGUGAACUUAAAUCCCAUCACUGUUGAAACUGCUCAGGAGUUAAGAAUCCUUGGAGUCUGUCAUCAUUGCAAGAGGUUUUUGAGCCCGGAGGGUUCUUCCGAGAAUCAUAGCACUAUGAUGGGAAUGUUUUUCCCCAACUCUAUCUACCAAAGGAGGCAAAAAGCGUAAAGCAUUCCAAAUGAAGACAAAGAUGUUUGCCCUUGGCAAGCUGGCAUAUUUCAGACUUAAAAUCUGGUGUGUUGCUUAUGUCUCCGUCUCACACCUUAUCAAAGAAAGGACAUCCUGUUAAUUGUAGCAUGUACGUGCUACAAAUUAGUCUUCAAAAAUGGUGUGAGUGGAAACCGGACAGCAUCAUUUAGUAAAGGCUUAUAACUUAAUAAUAUUGAAAUAACGUAAUGCAAAGUAUUUAUUAUUUACCAAUUUUUAGGCACCCGCCUAAAAUUAUGUGCUAUACAGGAUUACCGUUGAUGUUGCCAUUAGAAAUUAUCAUUUUUAACGUAUUAAUACCUCAGUUGAAGACUAUAGAUACAUUAUAGUACAUUGUCAUAGUGUCAGGGAAGGGUUGUGUGCCCUUACAUCAGGCUGUUUAAUAAUUCAGCUCAAAUUUUUCAUGAAAAAGGUGCCAAACCAGCAGAAUGUUGCACUGACUUACCACAUUGUCUUAAGAUGUACAUUAGAGUAUUUCUGUUUGUUUACUAUGACAUUCGCAUGUUUAUGCCAGCCAUAGAAAGUGAAGUGAAAAAACUUCCUUUCAUAAGUGGUGUAUCAAUUGUAUUAAAUUGGAGUGUUUUGUUUUUUGAAUGCCUUUUGUUAGCGUAUUUUGAAAUUCUAAUUUGUGACCAAUCAUAUACUGUAGUGAGAAAUUAUAUUGUUUGAUAUAAUAAUUAUUUGUUUGGUUUCAUGUUAAUUAUAAUCUAUAAUGGCAUGUUUAUACAGUUUUAUAGUGCUGGUUAUAAAUUGAUUUUAUUUUGUGGAGAAAUGUGAAUGUCAAAACAAAAUGCAAAUUGGUCCACAACUUUCCUCCAUAAAAAGAGGUUAAUAGCAAGUGUCUAUAGUCAGAACAUAUUUGGAGAGUACCUCAUUUAAGUGUCACUACUUUGGAUUAAAGUAUGUGAAUUUAAAUGUAUAUUUUAUUGUCAUUGUAAAAAUCAGAUCACUGCUUUUCUGUUCUCAUAUGUUCUGGUGCAAGCAACGCUAGAAAGUAAUUUCAUACUUAAAGGUUGAGGACUAAACUGUUUGUUGUACCUAACAGCAAUGCUCUUUUUGGAACCGAAAAUAAAACUUUUGUAAUUUGUGCCAUU